UAUUUUCAGCGCAGGGUUCUUUCCGUCCGCCGCAGGCAGCAGAGAGUAGAAGCGACAGCCGCUCAGCCUGAAAGAGCACGGGGAAAGUUCGUCUCGAGAGCAAGAGGAGGAAUUCCUUUCCUGGAAACGCAGAGACGGCAACGUUGUUGUUGCUGUUCUGCACAGGCAACAGCGGUUGGGAGGCUGCCUUUGGACUGAAAGCUUGCGCCGCAGCAGAGAGAGGUGAUGCAAGUCAUGGAGAACGGGCCGAGCCACACGAUGGCGAGCGCGGGAGGUGACGAGCCAAACAGCACCAAGGCCAGGCUGAACGGCAUCCUCCAGAGCUUCCAGGCGUUCGAUUCGGAUAUGAAGACGGGCACCAGGGUACGGAGAGAACACGAUGAGCACAGAAUCGCCCAGCUCACCGCCGAGCUGACCCGACUGGAGAAGACGCUAAACCAGGAGAUAAAGCGAAGGGUGGAGAUGAACAAGAGCGUACAAGUGUGGGGGGAAAACGAGGUGGAAAAAAUGUCCGAGCAGCUGCAGUCCAUGGUGCUCGCACGGAGCGACUCUAUCGCGGGCCGGCUGGACGACAUUGUGGGAAAAAUCAAAGCCCUCGAGUACAAGUUCGACGUGGAGAUGGCCAAGAUUCCGGUGGACAUCAAGCAGCGGGGAGAGGAGCUCCACAAGAUGCUGACGGACUUUGAGAGCAAGUUCGAGGCAGAGAGGAUGUCUCGCUUGGAGAGAGAAGGCCGCAUCCUCAAGCAGCUCGCAGACCACGAACAAGAAGUAGCGACUGACUUCGAAACGGAACGGACCUCGAGAGAGAAUACAUACGCCGACUUGCGACGCAUCCUAGACGAGAACGUGCGGUCGCGCAUGAAGGGGGACGAAAAGUUCCAGUCUUUUGUUCGCGAGGAGCUCGCCGGCCUGAAGAACGCCGUCUCCCUAGAACGACAAACUCGCGAAAGGGAUGACGGGGAGAUCGUGGAUGCACUGAACCGCUACACGUCCAAGCUGCAGAGUAGUCUCAAGAUCAUCAACAGCUCGGAGAUCUAGCUAGGGGUGUUGCAGGUGUUUUGGGAGAAAUAAGCCCCGAAAUGCACGAAUUUGUCGUUUUCGUGCCAAGUUUGGUAUUUUUUUUCAAGUGUCCAGGAUGUCUUUCGAAGUAUCGCGGAAGGCACGUUGUCUAUCCUAGUGUUAUUUGUCCUUGUGUUCUCCGUUGGAGCUGUUUCCGUUGCGCAUCCGUUUCGAGGUUUUGGUGAUGGCAUGCUGGACAUUUCGCGUGGCAUUGUCGGUUUCGCUUUAGGAUUUGAUAAGGCCGGGUUUUAGAAGGAGCACCCCACGAAAUCUGCGGACGUGGUGUGCUUUGCUACUAUAUUGCUAUUAGUGCCUUUUGUCGUUGGUUUUGACCCGAGAGCAGAAGCGUUAGUGCCGUCGUGGAGGUACAAUGUGACUCACGCUGGGCAGGGCGGUAGAAGGCGAGGCGACUUGCUGGAUUGAGAAACCCAAGAUAUGUGUAGCUAGCAAGGGUCGCUGUGGUGUGUGUAUGAGGUAUGUAUAUACCAUUUGUUUGGUGCUUAGCAUCGACCGGGGAACAAAGCUGAAAGUUGGAAAGUGGGUCCCGUA